UGUAUUUCCGGUGUUCGUAUUCUGCCACAGGUUGGACGAUUUACUAAAUUGUUGUGACAAUAUUGAAGAUUUUCUUUAAAAUCGGUUGUGUUUUAACCAAUUAAACCAACAUUUGCCAAUACUGUGUUUAACUAAGUUGUUCAAAAUGAUCUAUAAAAUCAUCGUUUUAUUGGUACUGAUAGCCACUGUUCAGUCCGCAUAUAAUGGAUAUGAAUACACUACACCAGGCUGCCCGUUAAACGUUCCAAGUACACGGUACAUCACGGAAUAUCAAACAAGGAUUGUGACUGCAACAUUACCGCCGCAAACGGUUUUUAGAACUAUACCUGGACCAACGGUAACUCUCCCACCCAAAAUUUACUACUCCACCAUAGCGCUUCCCCCAGUGGAACGAACCAGGACCGCAUACAUAACAGUACCACCGAAAACGAUUGCUGUACCGGUAGUCAGUACUGUGAUCGUGCCAAUUCCGACACCAGUCUACCAAACCGUUACCCAAACGGCAACCGUCUGCAAACCGACGAACGAGUAUCUGCCAGCACAUGCAGGCGCCGCACAACAAACCACUGCGCCGUGGGCACAAAUCUAUGGUAAUUACCAGCCGCAAUAUAACGACAUCUAUUCAAAUAUUUGUAAGAUUAUAGUUCUAUUCGUACUGAUAGCCACUGUUCAAUCAUUUGAUGGAUAUUCAUAUACUACGCCAACCUGUCCGCUGAACAUUCCAAGUACGCGGUACAGCACGGAAUAUCAAACAAGAACCGUAACUUCCACAUUACCGCCGCAAACGGUUUCGAGAACUGUACCUGGACCAACGGUAACUCUUCCGCCUGCAAUCAUUUAUUCUACCACAACACUUCCGCCGGUGGAACGGACCAGGACCGCAUACAUUACAACAACAAUAACACUGCCACCGAUUACCAUACCGGUAGUUAGUACUGUGAUCGUUGCAACUCCGACACCAGUCUAUAAAACCAUUACCCAAACCGUGUCAAAAACCAUAACGAACCGUAUCACAGACACAAUUACUCGCCCUGUUACCAGUACACAAACAAAAGUUGUUACAUUACCGCCAGUUACCUCAACUGUCUGCACGCCGACAAAUGCAUAUCUGCCAACCUAUUCAGGCGCCACGCGAAUAGCAAACCAGCCGAGAGAACAAAACUAUGAUAAUUAUCAGCCGCGAUACAACGACAUCUAUCCGUGAAAUGUGGCGGCUGGCUACGGAAAAGAAUAGAUUUACCACAGACUAACAGACGUAACACUGGAACCUAGCUCCAUCGCCACAAAAAACGUUCAUUUCAAAUUUUCAAUCGAAUAACAGUCAUCACGCGAAAACGUCGUCUGGGGCGCUGUCAUGCAAUCUCAUACAUAUUUUGUAGUUCCCCGUUUGACACAUGCAGUAAUGCUGGCGCUGAUGUCGAAAUACAUGACGCAGCGCGAACACGACAGCAGAUGGUGCUAGUGUUACUAACGUAAAGUACUGGAAUCAUCCAAACGAUGAUUUUAUUGAAAAUUGUUGAAGUGUUAUGUCUGUUAGUCUGUGGAUUUACGAUACGUUGUAAUAAAGGAGUAAAAACAGCAAAAAGAAGCAAGGCAUUUGUUAAAAUUUAUUCAGCACUUCCAGAAUGAUAUAAAACUGUUGAAAUAUAGGAUUAACUAUGAAAAUCAAAGCUUAUGUUUGUGUUUCUCAUUGUUUGAAAAUGUAUGUAAAUCGCAAUCUUGAUACAGUUGUAAUAAAAAUUUAAGAUUAUCA